AUGAAAGGAGCACAAAGCCUGGGUCAAUUUUUGACCAUUGCCCUCGCUUUAACCCCUCUAACAUCGGCGUGGCCAGGAUGGCUUCCGGAUGUAGAUACGCUCGUAGUUCGGCAAGACGAUUCAUCGCCCGAAGCUACACCAACUGCCACUAAGGCUGACGAUAAAGAUGAUUCAUCAGACGACCCAAAAACUACAACGACUGAUGUUAAGACGACUGCUGCUGCCGACUCCGACAAGCCUCAGACUACAAACCUUAAUACGGCCGUAGUAACCACAAAAAAUGGAGGUCAUGGCAACAGUACGGCUAAGCCCACACAUCAAACGUUCGACCCGCAGGAUGGAGCUGGUGGUGUCGCUAUGAUUACGCCGGCCAUUACUGCGGGAACAACGCUUUACAGAAUCGGAGACCCGACACCAAUCACUUGGGUUUGGAACUACACCUCCCUGCAAGGCACACCAACCGCUAUUGAUGUUCUAGUGUCAUGCUCCACGGCCUCCGCCACAUGGACACUGACUCAGAACAUGACCUUCAAGCCGACUGCCACAUUUACCUGGGACACCGAGAAAUACGCAGAGAGCGCAGUCGCUAGUCCCCUACUAGUCGCGCAAUACACCCUGCUAAUCCACGACUCAGACUCAUCUGCCGAUGCGACCGCUGAAGCCGGGUACCUGGCACCAUUUGACGGCCUCCAAUUUGGGUUGUACACGGCCCGACCGUACCAGGACCUCGGAGAGUGGAAGUGCGCAACCUGCAGCGGCGCAUUAGGAGAUCUUGACCGCCAGGCCCUAGGUUUCGCGAUAACUAUGAGCAUCAUCACCAUAUUCAGUUUCACGUGGUACGUGACAGGAUUUGCUGCGAUGCUAUAG